AUGAAGCGGAUAGCCGAGCUCUACGCCUACUCCGUAGACAAGUCCACAACAGUUUUCAACCUGAGGAAAAAGGAGGAAAUUUCCAAACAGAAAAAGAGCGAAAUGAAUUGGUUGAACAAACUGUGCUCAGAAUAUGAAAAAACAAAAAAGGAUACAUUUGAUUAUUUCACCGUUAAAAAAAGCGAAUGGCAAAAUAAAUUGAACAACUCGAAAUUUUCUUCCUGCUUCAAGUGCGAGAACUCCAAGUAUGGACACCUCCCCUGGUACAAAAAGUUGUACUACAUAUUAAAAGGGCAUGUCUACAAACUUUUGAACAUUGCUGAUGGGGGAAAAAAUGUAGACGCAGGGAGAAACGACGAGGGAGGAAGAUACGAAGAGGAAGACUCCCCUAGUAAAAGGUCCCAACCAAGUCAGCACGAAAAAACAAUAACCCGAGAGUUCAUUAGCUACGAAAACAUCGAUUACAAACGUGUACAGAAGACAAAAAAUGCGGAGGACUCACUUUUUAAUAAGUAUAGGGAAAGGUUCAGAAAGACAAGAGACCCUGAGGCCUACCUAAGUGAGCGCAGCCAGUCAGAAUUGGUCAAGAGGAACAUGUUUUCGAAUGGCCUCAUGUCUGUGCACAGCAAUAAGAGCAUAGUGGAGGAGGCGCCACGGGGAGAAGUGGAAGCCGAAGUUGAAGCUGACGCGGAAGCGGAAGCGGAAACGACGGUAGACGCGAAAGCAGACGCGGACACGGUCAACGAAGCCACCGACGCGGAAGAAGCGGACACCAACAGGAAGAACCUUCUACACGUGGAGGACUCCCCCAAGUUUAAUAUAAAAAACACGUGGGAGAAACUGAGCGGGUACAUUUCGUAA